AUGAAGAUAAAGAGAUAUUAUGAAACUAUUAUAAAAGAUAUAGUUAAUUUAUUAACAUUACAUUUAACAAGAAACGGUGAAAGGUCAUUAUUAUUUAAAAUGGUAUUAUCAUUUGCAGAAAACACAGAUAAUGACAUUAAGUUGUUGAUUUGUAAAAAUCUAUUAGGAAUACUAAUUGAAUUUAGAACAAUUAAAGACGAUUAUAUUUCAAAUAGAAUAAUUACUACAUUCGAAAUACAUGCAAGAAAUAAUUAUAUUAAGCAAUCAAUACAUAACAUUAUCAACAAACUUAUAGAUAAUGAUAUUUAUGUCAAUGAAGUUAUUCCAAUUAUUAUAGAUAAGAAUCAUAUAAGUUUUAUAAAAAGAUGA